AUGUCACAGUCGGACUGGGACACGACUUCGUCUCGGGAUGGAGAGAGAUAUUUGAAACAUCAACAUUCUGCGUCUUCGGACCAGAAUAUGCGAGCACUUGUUCCUAUGUUACUGACACACAACAGGUGGGAUAGCUCAGACCCAGAACGAGCGCCGCCCCCUCUACCGUUGAAUCCCAAUCCCCAAUCUCCCGGCUUCACUUCGCGUGCCGGCACGUCGAGCGCCAUUCAGUCUGCCCAUGCUGCGUUGAACGAGCGGGCGCGGGAAAGCAGCGCCGUCAUCAGGCGUGCCGGAGAGUCGCCAGAGAGAAGCCCUACCAAGGGCGGUUCACACCGUCGUCUACAGUCUCUGCAGCCUGGAUCUGUGCGAGAUCUGAGCCUUAUGAUUGAGGGAAGCUGGAAUAAACCUGACCUGCGGCCCUCAACACCCACCACACCGAGAGAAUUACCACCUGAGCCGAGAUCUGAUAGGGAUUCGGCCACUUCCACUCCGAUCCCUGGACCUAGCCUGACGCCUAUUUUGAGACCGACGGCUAGACGACCUCCCCAGAGCAUACUGGGUGAGAAUACGCCCCCGCAGAGCUCGACUAUGCUUGCCUUGCAGACUAUGGGCGCCAAACCUUCUUCCAGAGAGGCGGAGCCUGCUCUGUCCAAUAUUACAAAUGGCUCUGUGCCAAAGCAGUUUCUGAAUUCGGAAGAUUUGUCCGCUCAAUUGCUUACACUUACCAAUAUCGCUACUUCUCUGCAGAAGGAGAUGUCGGCUUUGAGCCGGCGGAGUCGAGACAACGCCACCGAUUUAUUGAGCCUGAAAGAGGCUACCAAGUCGAGAGAUGAGGAUGUGCGAAAGAGCUUAAGAGAGCUUGUUGGCAAUAUCACUGAACAAUCUAGCCGAAUCACUUCCUUCAAUGGGCCAUACCUCGACAACAAGCCGUUUGGCUCGCCGCCCACUCACUCACGCCCAUUUCAACUUCCUCGGAUACCAUCGCCCAAGAGUUUUGCCGAGUCGAUUGACCGUGGCUCCAUUAGCACCCCGUCUCUCUCUGGAGUGGACACGGGUGCUUCGCUUAUGCUGUUGGAGAAGAUUUGGAAUGGGCUGGGCACCAAGGAAGGACAAGAGUCCUUGGUUGGCCUGCUCAACCAGCUAUCACAGAAACUCUCUGGCUUAGCCACUGCUACCAAGGUAGAUGAGCUGGCACAAUACGUCCAUUCUCAAUCCGAAAAUGCUGUCGUGCUCGGAAAUGCAACCCGAGGCAGGGGCUUGAGCGACCAUGAUAUGGAAUUGGCAAGAAGCGGCCCCAUGUCCCAGAGAGUGGAACGACUCCUCAAUAGCACUGAAAGCAGGAGAUCCUCUGCUCCUUCUGGCAGAGGCUCGGAGUUGGUGAAUGAUGAGCUCAUGAAGAUUAUUCGAUCCGUCAAGGACAGCGUCUCGCAGGGAGGCGGUUUGACCGCUGAAGUCAAAGCACUUGUCCGCGAACUGAGAGGUGAGGUUCUUGGUAUGGGCCGAGAAUUAGGAAAGAGGCUGGAAAAGGUCGGAUCCCGAGGAAUUGAGGAGAGCGAGUCUCCCAGCAAGGAUGAGGUCUCCAGGGUCAUUGAUGAAGGCUUGGAGCAGAUGAAGGAACAGCUCAACAACGUGUUGAGAGAACACCGUCGCCAGUCCGCCCAGUCACAGUCCUCACAGAAGACUGUGGUCGACUACCAAGAAAUUUACAACGCCAUGCGAGCUGCACUCCGAGAUACCGAAGCCUCUCGUGACGAGACACCAGACCUUAGCCGAGAAGACGUCAUCGAAGCCGUCAGAGACGCUUGGGAAAACUAUAAACCCGAAAUUGAAGUGCAACAGCUCGGGCUUGAGCGGGAUGAAGUCCUGGCCUGCCUCAAGGAAGGGCUUCAGGAAUAUGCUCCUCGGGAUGAGCGGCCCGAAGCCGCAACGAGAGAAGAGGUAUUCAAGGCAGUUGUGGAAGGACUAAAGCAUUUCGUUCCUCCGCAGGUUGAUACCCCAGCUUCGUUGUCUCGGGACGAGAUUAUCGAUGCCGUUCGUGAUUGUCUGGAGGAAUUCGAAUUCCCCGUCGCUGCCUCUGCUGUUGGUAACGACAUGUCACACCAAGAUGUUGUUCAUGCUGUGCGUGAGGGCCUCAGUGGCUUUGACCUUCCUCGCAGCGACGCUUAUGGCUGUUCCCAGCAACAAUGA